AUGCUAGUAAUUGCUAGAUGAAGGAAAAUUCGACGAUGUUUACGGAAGAAAAAUAUUAGUUUGGCAAAGAAGAUUCGCAAUCGUUCAUUGCGUUAUAAUGUUCUGCCUCGGGCAGCUCCUUUCCUUUGCUCAAAAUGUGGCUUUGCAACGGUUGCACUGAAAAAGAUUGAAGAGCACGUAUGCAUGAAGAAGAACAGUUCGGUGAUCGAUCUUGAAAGAGACAUGAAAAUGGCGCAAAUGGGUAUGCGCGGUAGAUGUAAGGAUGCAAUGGCGAUAUUGGAACGGAUACCAAAUCCGCAGUUGGUCCGACUUCCUAAGUUUCGUAUUCUCGAAAGUGAGCCCUCAGUAGAGAUGUUCGAAAUGAUUUCUUCCAGCAUUUCAUCCCCUGACUCAUUACCAAAAGUCAUGAGUCCGAUAGCAUGUUGCUCAAAUGACGAGGAAGUGCAGAAACGCCCAGGAGAUAAUUCAUUCAAGAAGCAGGACAUGAAAGUUAAUUUGCAAUGUGCAGAAUCCAAAAUGGCCUUAGAUGAUAGUUGCAUUUACGAUGAAUAUUUGAAACGUGAAAGCUCUCCGACGGAUUCACAUAGACCGGUUUCUGCUGAGGCUCCUGUAGAUUUUACAAUAUCGUUGACAACAUUAAAGACCUACGGUCUCCAAUGCUCUCAAGUGUCAUUAUGUCCUCGUUUUCUUAUCAUCAACUCAUAUAGUGAAUCAUUUUAUGAUUUUAUGCUUACAGCAAAUAGUGACAGCAGAUAG